CAUUUAAAGUAUCUUGCUCUUUUCCCUCUCCGUGCAGACAGCAGUGUGUGAGUGCUGUGCCGUGUGUGUGUGUGUGUGUGUGUGUCAGUGUUUUGGCCUGCUGCCUUACAUGGGCAAACCUCUGAUCUGACUGAGACGGCUGGAAUUUCAGGGCGUGACGUCACUGCCUUCAACUCUCCCACAAUUUGGAUCAAGAAAAAGUUGGACUUCUCCCUUUUUUGGGGGUAGGGGGGGCUGUUUUUUUUUUUUUUUUGGUUGGGACUUCAGCCUCUCUCUCGUUUCCUAGAAAGCGAGAUUUCAACACACUGCAAAGGGCUUCAGCUGUCUUCCAGUAAUCCCAAAGAGGGAAAUAAAGGUAACUUAUCCUGUGAUCCUGACCAUCGUUAGUGUUGGUAUUUAGCUCAGAGCCAUGUGGAACCCACCGAACGACCAGAGCGGACAGGUAGCUGCCAGGAUGGAGACCACUCCGUCUCUGGGAAGCGCCAGCAUCUCCGUCUCUCAGCAGCAGGCCCCCAAGAAGUUUGCCCCCAUGGUCGCACCCAAGCCCAAGUUCAACCCAUACAAACAGAUGGGAGAUGCCGGCCUGUCUGACCCUGCAGCGGACUACCCUCCCCCUCCGCCCCCUGCCGAAGAGUUUACCGGUUUCCCGUCACCGCCCGGUUCCUUCCCCCCUCCGCCGACGGAUUACUCGUUUGAUUACCAGAUGAAGCGACCUGAGAAGACUCUGGAGGAGAGGCGCUCCAGCCUGGAUGCAGAGAUCGACUCUCUCACCAGCAUCCUGGAAGACUUGGAGAGCAGCUCGCCCUACAAGCCACGAGGCACGCAAAACGCCGGCUCCUCGGCCGGCUCUACCCCCAACGCUCCGGUUACGGGUUACAAGCGCAUGGUCAUCCCCAAUCAGCCGCCUCUGACCGCCACCAAAAAGACGAUGCCCAAACCCCAACCUCAAGGGGGCGUCUCGUCCGUGCCGCCUCCCUCCAUUAGCCCCGUCGCCAGGCCUCAAGGCAACAUGUCUCCUCAGCCCGUCCCGGCCUCCUACACCACAGCGUCGACCCCGAGCCAGCCCACCUUCAACGUCCAGGUGAGGUCGGCCCAGCCCGGCCCCCAGCACCAAGCCCCGGCCGGCCACCAUUACGGCCAGCAGCUGAUCCGCGGCCCCGCUCAGGUGCAGUACAUGCCCGCGCAGCCCAGAGGUCCCGACUUUGCGUACGGGCCGCCGCAGCCCGGGUUCUCCCCCAUGGCAUAUCAAGAGCAGCAGUACCCUGGGGGGCCACAGCUGGGCGGAGUUAGCUCCAGGAGGCCCGACCUGGACCCGGCCCCGGCGUACCAACCGCCAGGCCCCAGGAAAACCUACAUCACAGAUGUUCCCCCAAGCUUGGCUCCGUACACCGCUGGACCAGAUGUUCAACCAAAGGGCGGAGCUCCAGCGGCGCACCCAGAGGACGAACUCGCGCGCCUGACCAAAAAGAUGCUGUUCGACAUGGACAACCCUCCGUCCGACGAAUAUUUCGGACGCUGUGCCAGCUGCGGGGAGAACGUGGUGGGCGAGGGUACUGGCUGCACCGCCAUGGACCAGGUGUUCCACGUCAACUGCUUCAUCUGCAUGACCUGCAGCAAACCCUUGCGCGGCAAACCCUUCUACGCUGUGGACAAGAAGGCGUACUGUGAGCCCUGCUACAUCAACACUCUGGAGACCUGCAACAUCUGCAGUAAGCCGAUCAUGGAGCGCAUCCUGCGGGCGACGGGCAAGGCCUACCACCCUCACUGCUUCACCUGCGUGGUGUGUCACCGCAGCCUGGACGGGAUCCCCUUCACCGUGGACGCCUCCAACCACAUCCACUGCAUCGAGGACUUCCACAAGAAGUUUGCUCCGCGCUGCUGUGUGUGCCACGAGCCCAUAAUGCCGGCGCCGGGCCAGGAGGAGACCGUCCGCAUCGUGGCCCUGGAUCGUGACUUCCACGUGAAGUGCUACCGCUGCGAGGGCUGCGGCUGUCUGCUGUCUGAGGGGGACAACCAGGGCUGCUACCCUCUGGAUGGACACGUCCUCUGCAAAAACUGUAACACCAGCCGCAUCCAGGCGCUAACCGCCAAGGCCACCACUGAUCUCUGAGCAGCCAGCCCAGCCAGCCGCCCCGCUCAGCUCCACUGUGAUUACCCAGCAAGCGCUCUCUUCCUUCCUCCUUUCAUUCCCACAUACCCAUCCAUUGAAGCUGCACACACACAGACACACACCUGUAUAUCCCUCUGUAUUUAUGUUCACCUUAAGAUACGAGAAACGGCAUCAUGUGUUCACCUUCGACAUGUAGCACCAACGCGGUACAACCACUGCAGGGAAGCUUUGUGUUAUUGAGCUUCGCUUUAAAGCCAGCUUCUAGUUACAGGAAGUGAGCUGCUGCCUUUCAUAUUCACGCCCAACCUAUCAGGUAUCAAUCAGAAAAUAAUACAUCCCCCAGUGUUAUUAUAAGUGUUAUAUGGGCUUCAUUUCAGUCAGGCUGCAUGAGUUUUUGUUAUUCAUCAACCCAAAUGCUUUUCCGUCAGACUUUCCUCUUAAGAUCCAGUCAGAUCCACCCAGCAGGUGAGGUCAUGGUUGGACAUGUUUGGGUGCGUGUGUGUGUGUGUAUGUGUGUGUGUGUGUGUGUCUCUGAAUGCUGGCCUUUUUUUUUCCUUUUUCUCUUCCCCCCAAAGUGUUUCUAAAAUUCAGUGCAGAAACACCAAACAUUAGGGGGUAAAAACGACGAGUCGAAUUCAACCCCACCGCCACAUGAACCGACACCAAAGACCCGGCGAUGAACCUCAGCGUUUCCUGUUUCCUUGGUUUAAUAUGCAAGUGUGCUAAAUGCUGUUUACUCUCAGUACAAUCAGUUCCUCUGUCGGGAACAAAACGUUUGUUGCCUUUAUGGCCCAUUAUUUUCCGACUCUCUGCUGUAUUCAGUAGGUUACCUUCAAGUGGCCUAAACGGUAAAAUCAUCCCACUUCUCUUCAGAUGGAUGCAAACUUCUUUCUAUAUAUGUGACUGUAGAACCGCCCCCUUUAUUUUAAGAGAGUUUUAAGAGAUAAAAAUGAAUACACUCCUAUGCAAUUUUCAACAUUAAGUGCAUCGACACUUUAGACAAAUUAAAUGAUGAAUAAGGAAAUAUUUUACGUGUACAUAUUGGAAUUUAAGUGUCCUUAUAGCAAAACCUUAAACCCACGCUGAUGUCGGUACGCUGUGCUGUAUGUCGGUAUUUAGCCUCAGCUUUUAUAUGUAGUGUUAGUUUAAAGUUGUUGGGAGAACAAGGGACCAAGAAAGAUUUCCUGAAAAGUUUUUUUUUUUUUUUUUUUUUUUAUCACCAUCUUUAAUGUGCCAGAUGAACAAUUGGUUUCUUCUUUCUCUUCAGCCUAAUUGCUCCAGUUGGAGUUGUGAGUAUUUAUGACGGGGAGUUCACGGUGCCGUGUGAAGUUUGAAACCGUUUUUAUUUUGUUGGCUGAGUGUUGUUUCCUAGAGGGGGAUGAUCGGGUUUGCCGAUAAGUGAUCGUAAAUCAACAAUUAAAGAAGCAAUCCUGAUGAGUAACACUAGAGCGUCCCGACGGACGGCUGACUGGAAAACUUCACAGGGUGCCUUCAAGCAGCAAACACCGGGGAAACUAAAGACCAAUAAAAGCCAUUUUCUGAUUUAAUUCUGGAAAAACACUUUAACUAUAGUAUUCUCUUUUCUUAUUAUUUCUUUCACCUAUUAUGUUCUAAAUGACAACAAAAAACGUCUCUCUGCAGUGCAUAUGGCGUUACUGUAGAUGUGAUUAGGCCGUGGCGAUAUCGUUACCAUGGGAACACUUUGGAAAUAACUCUGCUAAUGAGACUUUUACUUAACUCUCGAGUUCUGCCUUGAUUUGACUUUUCCUUAAAAAAUAAAUAAAUAAAUAAACCCUAAAAAACAGCAUAAACUCAGAAAUUGUCAGGCUUCUCGAUGUCGGGGCGAGAAGGCGGCAGGUCGGUGGACAGAAUGAAGCGCCUCAAGCAGGAAGGAAGCGAUGGCCGCUCCUCCGAAAGGUUAGGCAACCUGAGCCCCCGGGUCCUCAGGGAGUUCUACGUCAAUAUUAGGCCCUUUUCUUUUUUUUCCCCCUGACAACCAAGUUCUUCGUCGCAUAGAGAAACCAAACACACUGCGACGUUUUGGUUAAUAAGUGUCCAUGUUGCAGAACUUUGAGACACGGUUCGCAGUCAACUAAAAUCUCCCUUUAUUUUAAACCCAAACUUCAGAAAUCUGAACUCUCCCUUUAAAAUGAAGAAGAGUUUUCUGCUUUUCAGUGUGAACUAAAUCAUGCCUGCACGUCUGUGUCGGCUGUAAGAGCAGGUUAUCUACAAAGUGUCCCCAUGUCUUAUAUGUUCUCACUUCCUUUAAGCAUUAUAUAGUUUACAGUGCGACACGAGACCUCUGAAAGAGACGCUGCGAAGAUUGGUGGUCUGUUCUUAUUCUUCUGUUGUCGCCUGUAAAAAGUGCCUUUUAUCAGAGCAGCAUCAGAUCACGAUGCCGUACGUCUGAUCCAGCCGUGCCUCAAAGAUUUGGCCUUGUUUACUUGUUUUCUAGCCAAAGUAAAUACAGUUUUUUCUAGUUUUGGACGCUUUGGGCUGCAAGCAGCUGAUUUUUUAAUUAUUUUUUUUGUCUUGAUCAGAGUAAAUUCUUCCAGCCUGUUGUCAGACCAAAGCGUCUGGUCUGAAUCUGCAGACAGGGGGCCAUCAUGUAGUCCUGUAUUUCUUUUCCUUCUUUUAAUAAAAGCUUUGCAAAAGCA